AUGGCUAAUGUACAUACACUACGAGAUAUUAGCUCUAAUAAAGGUUAUCGUCUUGGUAGUAUGCGUGAGCAGGAGCUCGAAGAAACUUUACAACGCAGUUUAAAGUCCAUAUCCGAGCUAAAUGAUUGUAAUGAAGCAUUGCAAUCUAAAUACUCAAAGCAAGUAAAGGUUUUUGAUCAGGAGAGAAAGGGGUGGAAUCGGGAAAUAAAACAAUGGGAAAGUGCAUUUG